AGGACCCAUAUGCAUUGGAGCUCACGCGAUGUAAUUUUAAACGGUACGUUAUCUACAACAAGCUCCCUUGCCGUGCGCCAAAACCAUGUCUUUCUUUUCCAGCCAAGGAUUCGCCAAUACGGGAGAUGCAGCCAAGUGCUCUUCGAUGCUGCGCGUGGCCGGCGACUUGUAGCCUGGUGUUGUUGAUCUUCUGGUCUCUUCUCUUGCCUUCGUCGUUGGUCUACGCCGAGUCAAUAUGGGGGGAGAGCGGGAAACGCGAUCAGCCGCUUGGGCACAACUUGCCGCGUCAAGCCUUGUCUGUGGUUGAGGAGCACCCUCGUCUUUUCGCCUCAGGUGAACAGUGGAACGGCCUGGAAGCUCAGAUUUCGAACAACAAUUAUCUGCAAAAGUGGAACAAGACCAUCUUCGACCGAGCCAACGAGUUCUACGAUGAAAGUGUGAUCGCUUAUCCAGACGAUUGCGAUGUCAGCGUCGGCUGUACCCUAGAGGUUGCCAGAUACAUUCAGUUGAGGAUCAAGCACUGGGCAUAUGCGUACAUUUUGACCAAUGACACCAAAUGGGUCGAUCGAGCAUGGGAGGAGCUUCAACACGCUGCAGGAAACGGCACCGAGUAUUUUGGCGUGCCGGGUGAUAACUGGAACUCGAGGUAACGGCCUCCAAACGCCCUUCCCGGCAAGCUUCUCACUCGGCACAGACAUUUUCUCGAUACGGCCGAGUUCACGGCGGCAUUUGCCUAUGCAUACGACUGGCUGUAUGAUGCAUGGACCCCUUCACAGCGUGAUGCUAUCAUGUGGUCAAUCAUUGAACUGGGACUACAAAAAGGCAUCGACUGUUUUGCUGACCAAGGAACUGGUUGGUGGACGGUCGUGCGUGGAAACUGGAAUUGUGUGAGCAAUGCAGGAUUGCUCCUCGGAGCCCUCGCCAUUUACAACGAAGAUCCAACAGGUACCGCGGCACAAAUCCUUCCUGACACGAUUGCGAACUCUCAGCAAUACUGUGCCCACGCCAUCAGCAGCGACGGUACUUGGCUGGAGACGCCUGAUUACUGGUAUUUUGGGAUCCAGUCUUUUGCUCAAAUUGCGGCCGCUCUCAUCAGUGCAACUGGCUCCGACCAACAAACUCUCUCGGCAAACCCGGCCGUGGACUUGACCGGCUUGUUCCGUAUUUACAGCCAGGGCAUGGUUGACAAAUUCAACUAUGGUGACUGUGGACCAGAAAAGAUCACUGCUACUGCCAAUCCUCUGAUGUUCUAUGGCAGACAUCUAGGGAAACCCAGGUGGACCCAAUUCCAACGCGAUCAAGAAGACGCGGCGGACCCUCUGAGCAUGUUCUGGUAUGAUACAACAACCGCGUCGGGGCAGUGGUCCGAUGGCCUUGAGCUGGAUCAUUACUUCUCUUACGUCAAUACUUCAUGGGCGUCGAUGCGAUCAAGCUGGACUGAUGACAACGGGUUGUAUGUGGCAAUGAAGGCUUCGACCCUGAUGGGCCAUCAAACACAUGGGGAUCUGGACGCUGGCGACUUUGUUCUCGAUGCCCUGGGAGAACGUUGGGCUGGUGACCUAUGCCAGAACGACUACAAUGGACCUGGAUAUUUCGAGAGUGAAAACCAAGAUAGCCGGCGUUGGUUGUACUAUAGGUGUGGCACUGAAGGCCAGAACACCCUCCUCUACAACGGCAGCAACCAACUCGUGAACGGAAUCCCAGUGACUACGUUCAACUCGACUGAAAAUGGGGGAUCCUCGUCGACGCAAAACUCGAGCACGGCCUUCUACAUUGCUGAUUUAACGUCGUUCUACGAGGCAACUUCCAUCAAACGAGGCAUCAGAUUACUUGACGGGCGCAAAAGAGUCCUGAUUCAAGACGAGAUUGUCAACGGGGGAGCGUCAAGUCAAUGGAGGGUGCACACGAACGCAACCGUCGUGCUGACCGACGACUCGAAGCAAGCUCGUCUGACCCUCAACGACAAGACGGUAGUGGCGAAAAUCACCUCGCCGGGCGACCUUGUUUUCAAAACCCUACAAGCUGUUCGCGCCCCCUCGGAUCCACCCCUUCCUGAAGGAGGCACAGAUCUACCUAAUACCGGCGUGACGGUCCUUGCAAUCGACGUUGCGCAAGGAAACCAGACCGUGUCCGUGGUUUUCACCCCGCAAUGGCCGGGUUACACGGCGACAAACACAACUAAGCAGGUUCCGCUAAGUGCUUGGAACUUGACGUCCCACGACACUUAUGACACACACAAUGAAACCGGCGCACAUAAUGGCACACACACAGCUAAUGGAACUGACACACAAAAUGGAACCAGCACACAUAAUGGAACCGACGGAAAAGUCGAAAACUCUGCACACCGGAAGUCACACAUGGACCUCUAUGUGCUGAGCGUACUCGUAGCGUUGGGCGCAUAUCUCUAGCCAACUAUAUAGACCAUGUAAUUGUAGUACAUCUAUAUGAAACAGGUGUUGGCACUAACCACGGGGCUAACCGUCGCCACCGUACAUACGGAGCUGGAAAAUGUGCAAUGGCAGCUGAAACAAGGUCUAGACCUUCUUGUCGCUCUUUAAUAUAGACGCACUACGCGCAACGUCGAGAACAGAGAACAGAGCGUUUUACCACCAUCAAUUGACACAGAGACCUCAG